AUGCCUCAAGUUAGGAAUCCAAUUCUUCCCGGGUUCAACCCGGAUCCUUCGAUAUUGAGAGUCGGAGAUGAUUACUAUAUCGCGACAUCAACCUUUGAAUGGUUUCCCGGCGUCCAGAUUCACCACUCCAAAGACCUGGCAAACUGGGAGCUCGUCACGAGACCCUUGAGUCGCAAGAGUCAGCUUGACAUGCGCGGUGACCCAGAUAGCUGUGGUCGUAAAGACGGCUCCUUCAAGGACACCCACAACUACAUUGUCAGUGCGCCAGCCAUUGAAGGGCCCUGGUCCGACCCGUUCUACAUCAACUCGUCCGGCUUCGACCCAUCGCUCUUCCACGAUGACGACGGUCGCAAGUGGUUCGUCAAUAUGAUGUGGGACCACCGCCGCCGCUUCCACGCCUUCACAGGUAUCGUUCUCCAGGAGUUCGACCCGAAAGCCGGAAAGCUCGUCGGUCCAAAGAAGAACAUUUUCCGCGGCACCGAGCUGGCUCUCGGCGGCACGGCGUACGAGCACGCCUGCACCCUCGCUCGUUCUCGCGAUCUCUGGGGUCCGUACGAGCUUCACCCGCAAAAAUACGUCAUCACGUCCAAAGAUGCGCCCAACGCGGCGCUCCAGCGCGCUGGCCACGGUGAUAUCGUGGACACGCCCGACGGAAAGACGUACAUGGUUCACCUGACGGGGCGUCCCACGACGGAGAAGAGGCGGUGCGUUCUCGGACGCGAGACCGCGAUCCAGGAGGCGUACUGGGGUGAUGAUGACUGGCUCUACGUCAAGAACGGUCCCGUACCGUCUCUGUACGUCGAGGUCCCUGACUUUCAGUGGCUACGGACGCCGGAACCCGAGCGCAUCUUCUCAACCGAGGACGGGAAGCUGACGCUCAUCGGGAGGGAGUCGAUCGGAUCUUGGUUCGAGCAGGCGCUCGUCGCCCGCAGGCAGACACACUUCUCCUACGACGCUGAGACCACCGUCGACUUUGCGCCCACCGAUGAGCGCGAGUUCGCAGGGUUGACAGCGUACUACUGCCGCUACAACUUCUUCUACCUGACCGUCACCGCGCACGAGGACGGGAAGCGUGAGCUGUUGAUUCAGAGCUCUGAGGCUUCGUGGCCCGACGGCGAUCUCACGAUGCCGUUUCCCGAAGCGGUUGCGCUGCCUGAUACGGGCAAGGUGAAGCUUGCGUUGACGAUCCGCGGGCCGAAGCUUCAGUUCUACUAUGCUCUCGAGGGCGAGGAACUCAAGGCUAUUGGGCCGGUGUAUGAUGCUUCCAUCAUCUCGGAUGAAUGUGGUGGGCACCAGGCGCAUGGAAGCUUUACGGGUGCGUUUGUUGGUGUUGCUGCGUCCGAUUUGAAUGGGACUGCGAGACGUGCGGCUUUUGAUUAUUUUACGUACCGUCCUGUUCAUGAUGAGACCGACCGUUAUGAUAUUUAA